AAGCAAAGAUUCGUGGUACAUUAACAUUUAGAACAUUAAUAUCCCGCUGCAUGAAAGAAUUAAUCAGUAUCGUCACGUAAAGAUGUGAAUAUUGUGUAUUUUUUGCAUUGGUGAAUGAAGUUACAGACGAGGUGUGAGCCUGUUGUGUGGUUGAAGCCUGCAUCCUGACAGCCCUUCCACAUUCCCAGUGUUCAGGCUGCACAGCACAUCAGAGUGAACCCCGAAGAGGAGCGGAGAGGCAGAUCUGCUUUUCUCCGACAUGGCUAAAGAAGGAGCCGAUAUGACAGAGGAAACCGAGUACAUGAUAGAUAAACAUGUGGCGAAAGAAACUGAGAACAUGGAGUCAUCCGGAGAUGCCAAAGAAAUGAGAGCGGUGAUAUUGGCAGGUUUUGGGGGUCUUAACAAACUCAGGGUGACCAAGAAGGCAAUGCCCGAGCCUCAGGAUGGAGAAGUGAAGAUCCGAGUCAAAGCAUGUGGAUUGAAUUUCCUGGACCUAAUGGUACGUCAAGGGACUAUCGAUUGUCCACCAAAGCCCCCUCUUGUGCCUGGAUUUGAAUGCUCUGGAAUAGUAGAGACAGUGGGCGAAAACACAAAGGGAUUUGAGAUAGGUGACAGAGUCAUUGCUUUUGUGAAUUACAAUGCCUGGGCGGAAGUUGUCUGCACAUCAGUGGACUUUGUCUACAAGAUGCCAGAUGAAAUGACUUUUGCUGAGGCUGCAGCAUUCUCCCUCAACUUUGUGGCUGCCUAUAUGAUGCUCUUUGAGGUUGCUAAUUUGCGAGAGGGGAUGUCAGUGCUGGUUCACUCAGCAGGAGGUGGUGUAGGUCAGGCUGUCGCUCAGCUGUGCUCCACUGUACCCAAAGUGACAGUGUUUGGGAUUGCAUCAUGUUUCAAACAUGCAGCCAUUAGAGACUCUGUGACUCAUCUCUUUGACAGAAAUGCUGAUUACAUACAAGAAGUCAAAAAGAUCUCUCCAGAGGGUGUAGACAUUGUGUUAGACUGUUUGUGUGGAGAAAACACAGGGAAAGGCCUGAGUCUGCUAAAACCUUUGGGAACUUACAUCCUUUAUGGCGCGUCAAACAUGGUAACUGGAGAAACAAAGAGUUUCUUCAGCUUUGCAAAAUCUUGGUGGCAGGUGGAGAAAGUGAACCCUAUUAAACUCUAUGAAGAGAACAAAGUCAUAGCAGGAUUCUCGCUUCUCAACCUCCUCUUCAAGCAAGGGAAGUGCAGUCUUGUGAAAUCAGUGAUGGAAAAACUGUUGUGUCUCUAUAACCAAAAGAAGAUUAAGCCAGUAGUGGACUCCCUAUGGGCUCUGGAGGAGGUAAAAGAGGCCAUGCAGAGAAUUCAUGACAGAGGAAAUAUAGGAAAACUCAUUCUGGAUGUUGAGAAAUCCCCUACUCCUUUGAUGGCUAGCGACAGCACAGAGACGAGUGAAGCUGGGGAGGAGGAAGAGGAAACCGAGGGAGACAAUGACAGCAAGGAGCGAAUGCCUUUCAUCCAUUAGAGACAGAAAACCCCAAUACACAGAGACCGGAGAGGCUGCACAGAUUCAACACAGUGGACCACAAACACAACACACAAGCUCAAAUGUACAAGUGUAUGUAUGUGUGUAUGCAUGUAUGCAUGUAUGUGUGUGUGUGUACAGUACGUAUUUGUGUCUCUUCUCUGUUUUCUAUUGUUUUGUGGUUGAUAGUUCAGGUAAAAUGCAUAAAAUGAAGAAGGAUGAUACUUGUUCAGUGAAGCAACAAGUAAAAGUGCCAUUUAAAAAGUAGUAUUAACAUAUUAUUUACUCUAUUUGAAGUAACAUAGUGCUGUCCAGUAAUAGAAAUAGGUCUGUGUCCAUUUUACCUUUAAUUGCAUUUGCCAGCUGCUCAAUUUGUAUUAGAUGAAUCUGUGUAUUGAAUUAGAGAUGGACUGAAUUAGCUUUUAUGUCGGCUGACUUGCUAGUUUAAAAAUAGCCCGCCAUAAAAAGAGCUUUAACAAGGCUAAAUGUCAUAUAGUGCUAUCUAGAUGUUGUACAACAUGCAUAGGUAAAACAGUAAAAUGUUAAAUUUAUCCCUGUGUAAAAUGAAAGCAGAUUUAAAGGAUAAAAACUGCCCUGAAUGUUUUCAGUCCAUCAGUUGAACACUUUGUAAUGUUACAGUAGUGACAUAAAAGACGU